AUGACUUCAUAUUGUAAGAAUAGGUGUGAGUAUCAGUGGAAAAAAGGGAGAUUUGGUGAAUGCAACUGUAUAUCUAAGAGGAAGUGCAAGUUUAGGGUUUAUGCCAAGCAAUUAAGAGGUGAAGGAGGAACAGUUCAAAUCAAAAGUAUGGAUUUAGCUCAUAGGUGUGAUUAUCAGAGUCACAACAGGAAGGUUACCUAUGCAUACCUAGCUGACAAGUAUCUAAAAGAUUGGAGAGACAACCCAACUUGGAAGUUAUCUGCUUUUAUGCUGAAAUGUAGAAGAGACCUAGGGGUGGAGGGUGAUGCUGCAGAACAAUACAAAAGGGUGUGGGAUUAUGGUGCAACUGUAAGGAAGUACAAUGAGGGUAGCAAUGCAGUUGUGAAGUGUGAGAGGAUUGAGAGGCCACCUCCUCUAUUUCAGAGAAUGUAUAUAUGUCUUCAACCUUACAAAGAAGGGUUCAUGGAUAGAUGUAAACCAAUAUUGGGGGUUGAUGGCUGCCAUUUAAGGGGUCCUUAUCCUGGAAUCUUGUUGACUGCAGUGGGGAAGGAUGGUAACAAUAAUAUAUUUCCAGUGGUAUGGUGGAUUCCGGAUUUUCUACAGAUUUAUCGCUUAGAGGCUAGGGCAAAACCUAUUCUGACAAUGAUGGAAUGGAUACGGAGGUGGGUCAUGAAGAGAUGUUGCCAAAAAAGAGAAGGAUUGUUGAAAUUUGAGGGCCUCAUAAUGCCAUCAGUAGUAAAGAUGGUUGAGAAGCAGAAAGAGUACAUAAGGAAUUGUGAUGUUAAUCAAGCUGAUGUGUGGGAGAGUGAGGUUGACCAUACUGGUGACACCUUUGUGGUAGACUUAGAGAAGAAGAAAUGUGGAUGCUUUAGGUGGGAGUUAAUGGGGAUUCCUUGUUGUCCUGUUUUGGCUUGCAUUGAAAAGAAGAGGUUAAAUUAUGAGGACUACGUUCAUGAGGCCUACUAG